UUCGGGGGCCGUUUAACCGUUUCUUGGAGGAGCGCGGCGCUGGAGCUGGAAGUGGAGGCUGCGCCGCUGGAUGACGGUAAUCUUGCGAUCACCCAGCUGGAUUCACUGCUCUCGGCGCCUCAGAUCUUCGAGUUUAAGAAGAAUGUGCCUGGGACUGUGAGAUUUGAGACGGAUCAUCCGGCGGCGGCAACCGAAGGCGCCGCUGGGGUUUGGAGCUCAAUGGCGUCGCCGCCACCUAGAACAGGCACUCCAAACUCUUCGAAUUCGGGGAGUACUACUCCUGGCUCCUCUGGCGGCUCGCAAGCAGCUAGAAGUAGUAACAGCUCCGGCGAUGGCAGCCUCAAAGAGAAAGUGAAAGUUUGCGUGAGAAUGCGACCAUUCCACGAACACGAGAAGAUUUGCCCGCUGAAACAAGUGCUGUGCGUUCUGGGGAACAGGGUGAUUGUGAAAGAACACGUCCAUCCUCAGUGGCCGAAAUGCCAAGAGAAUGGACAUCUCCAGUUUAAGGUGGACUACGUGCAGGACGAUAGUUUCCUCCAAGCGCAUGUAAAGGACAAGAAAGAUGAGUCGCAGAAGAAGAUGUUUGAAGUUUGCGGGGUUCCAACCAUCGACAACGCGCUUGAAGGCUUCAACUCAACUGUAUUGCCGAGACCUCUUCAAGUCUAAUGGAAAGGAAUUCUUCUGCUUUAGCUGGCUGCUGUGCUGCUGCGGAAUGGUGGCGACUAACCCCUGGUUCUGCGUUGAUGCAGAUUCUGGCCUACGGACAAAUGGGAUCCGGGAAAACGUACAGCAUGACUGGCGACGGGACUCCUGAAGGUAGAGGACUUGUCCCGAGACUUGCCAGCGCUCUGAUGAGCAAACUAAGCUGGGAAUUGAAGAAUGGCUUUUGUUCGAUCGAGGUGAGCUAUCUCGAGAUUUAUCAAGAAAAAGUCCGGGACCUUCUAGCCUCGACAGUUAAGCCACCGACCUUGGUGGACUCUAUGUGCCUUCGUGCGGCUCCUCUGAGGUACUAUGAAAGAGCCGAUGACUUGUCCACGAGUGACUCUGAGAUAUCAGAGACGGACACAAGAGAGAGCGGGGGCUGUGGUGGUGGAGGGAUGGAAACAUACAGAAGGAUGGCUAUGCAAAGGCCGCCGGGAGCACCGUAUCAGUUCUCGUCCUUCUCUUUCAAUGCUCCCUCCCCGUGUGCAGCAAGGACGGAGUUUCUUCGAGUGAGGGAGCACCCCGUCACGGGACCGUAUGUAGAGGGGCUCCUGUGGAAAGAAGUUACAACGUGGUCAGACAUGGAGAAGUGUCUCAGGAUUGGCUCCUUGAACCGCAUCACAGGUGAUACGCAGCUCUACAAAAACUCUAGCCGCAGUCACACGCUCUUUACAAUCAAGAUCAUCAGGAGAAACCCCGAGAGCGUGGAGGGAAUGCCCGGUCAUUCUGUGUGCUACAUCAACCUCGUCGAUCUAGCAGGCAGCGAGAAAUUGCAAUGCAUACCAAUUGAGAGACGGGAGGAGUCAAGGCACAUCAAUCGUUCUCUCUCGCUGCUCAACGAAGUCAUCCUCAACCUGUCGAGGAGGAGUUUCGUAUCGUAUAGAAACUCGGCACUCACUUGGUUGCUAAGAGACUCUCUGGGUGGAAACAGCAAGACCUUCCUGGUCGCAAACAUCUCCCCAGCCGAGCAGGACUUUCAAGAGAGUGUGAGCACGCUUCGCUAUGCCUCAAAAGCAAACAGGAUACAGAGCGUCCUCACCGUCGGGAACGAUCCCAGGAAGCGAAUCAUCUACAAGAUGAACGAGGAAAUUCGCACCUUGAAUUCGCUUGUAUCGUCAUUGACAGAAAAGAACGAGGUGACAGCCUAAGCUAAGAGUCAGACGAGCACAGACUUGUCUCGCAAGAUGAGCCGCGCGAGAUGAAGAUCGAAGAGCUCACACCUGAUCGGCAUCUCCACCUCGUAGAAGGGAUUCUUGAGGACGUAGUCGGUGUAGAGCUCGUAGAUGGUUUUCAAGAGAGCCUCGAUCCCGAUGGCUCCUGAUUCCGCUACAACGAAGAACUUGGUCUCUGGCCAAGAAAUCCAUCUCGACAAUAAAUAAAAAAAGAGUUUUUCCAUCGCAGAAAA